ACACUGAAACUAUCGGGGCAUUAUGCCACGUUCACUACCUUGUCGAGAAAUAGGAAACUCGGACAUGUCCGAAGUGCUCAUUGGUUGAACGCGGCACGUGUAUUACUACAACUCGUUUGUAAGUCUGAAACGUUUCGUCGUUCCGACUGGCACUUGAACGUGGCAUUAGGACCUCGGUAUCCUGUAGUUCAAUGUGUCGUAGUCAAGGACUGGUCGUAGAAGUGACAAGCUAACCAUAUGAUGCUAGGCUAGUUAGCCUUGCCUUUUGGUAUUGGUGAGAGGCUGUAGUCAGUGUGUGUGUGUAGCUGAAGCCAGCUAGCCAAAAGACAUACAAGGAACAACGCUAGCAAGUCUGAUCAUUGCAUAUAUUUAUUUUCUUUGCAUAAGGACACAACCAAUGUUAUCUAGGUCGCUGUCUUGCUAACGUCAACACACUCGGGGUAGUCAACAAGCAAGUAAAAAAACAAAACAGAACAAAAAGAGAGCGGUAGCUAGUCACCUAGGUGAACAGACCACACACGGCAUUGAAGAUGAAUGGUUUAAUGAAGAACGAGGGAAUAGCGGGGACGGAGAGGUUCGCUAGCCCGGGGAAAGGCAGGGGACUACGGGCUGUGAAGCACUUUGCUGUCGGAGACCUCGUGUUUGCCUGUCCUGCCUAUUCCUACGUCCUGACGGUGAAUGAGAGAGGAGCGCACUGUGAAUACUGCUUCACCAGGAAGGAAGGCCUCUCCAAAUGUGGAAAGUGUAAACAAGCUUACUACUGUGAGAUUGACUGCCAGAAGGGAGACUGGCCGAUGCACAAGUUGGAGUGUACAGCCAUGUGUUCCUAUGGGGAGAACUGGUGUCCGUCAGAGACCGUCAGACUGGUGGCCAGGAUCAUCAUGAAACAGAAAGUCACAACGGAACGGACACAGUCAGAGAGGCUGUUACUCCUCAGCGAGUUUGAAGCCCACCUGGAUAAGUUGGACAGUGAGAAGAAUGAGAUGAACCAGACGGAUAUAGCUGCACUGCAUCAUUUCUACUCUCGACACAUAGACUUCCCUGAUGACCAAACCCUCACUGUGCUCUUUGGACAGGUAAACUGUAAUGGUUUCACCAUAGAGGAUGAGGAGCUGUCUCACCUGGGCUCUGCUGUGUUCCCUGAUGUAGCAUUGAUGAACCAUAGUUGUAGUCCUAACGUCAUCGUCACCUAUAAGGGGACAGUAGCUGAGGUACGAGCCGUGCAGGACAUCCAGCCUGGAGAUGAGAUCUUCAACAGUUACAUUGACCUGCUCUACCCGACAGACGACAGGAACGAGAGACUGAGGGAUUCAUACUUCUUUACCUGUGUGUGUAAUGAGUGUGCCACACGGUCUAAGGAUGGAGGUAAGAUGGCGCUUCAAAAGUUGAGCUCUCCCCCACAGCCAGAGGAGGUCAGAAAGAUGGUUCACUAUGCCAGGAAUGUUAUUGAAGAGUUCCGUAGAGCUAAGCACUACAAGACCCCUAGUGACCUGCUGGAGAUCUGUGAGUUGAGCCAGGAGAAGAUGAGCUCUAUAUUUGCAGACACUAACGUGUACGUGCUUCACAUGAUGUACCAGGCCAUGGGAGUCUGCCUGUACAUGCAGGACUGGGACGGAGCCAUGAGCUACGGAGAGAAGAUCAUUCAACCAUACAGUGUCCACUACCCAGCCUAUUCUCUGAACGUGGCCUCCAUGUACCUGAAACUGGGCCGUCUCUACCUGGGACUUGAGAGGAAGACCCAGGGAGUCAAGGCAUUAAAGAAGGCGAUCGCCAUCAUGGAAGUGGCUCAUGGGAAGGAUCACCACUACGUAACAGAGGUCAAACAAGAGGUGGAGGAGCUGAAAUAAGGAGGAGGUGAAGAAGAGGAAGGAGUGAGGGAGGAAGAGAGCACAAGGGCUUCUCCAAACCCUGGGUCAAACAAAAAACUUUAAAAAAUCUACAAAACUAAACAGCUGCACGGCAUGCAUCCUAUACCUCUCUUUUUUAUGUGUAUCUCUCUCCAUCUCCCUCUCGGGCUCUGGUCAAAUCAGUUAUUUUUGUUUGUCAUGCAGGCAGGCAGAUAACCAGUCAGUGAAAGAGACAAUGACCCCAGUAUUUCUGUUCAUCGGGUGUCUUAGACAGUACGCGAUGAGGGUGUUUUUAUGUACUGGCUAGCAGUAUUGCUGUAACCGGCAAGGACAGUUGUCGUUUUUAGUUUUGUUACUGGCCUGGACUAGCCUCGUAUCUGACUAAACUGUUAUGAAAAGUGAACUCAUGAAUUUACAAAUUAUGUUUGUAAUUAAGCGAUGACGGGUUUCUCUCCUCUCAUACAAGGUAGCAAAGUGAGAGAACAAUACCAAAAAAAUAAAAUCGUUAAUUGUUAUGAAUAUGUUUUAACUUUAAAUCAUUUGCGUUUGUCUUACAACAAAAACCGCGUUGAACAACUUUUGUCCUUUUUGCCUGUUUUAUCAAAUCAGAAGUGUUGCAUGUUUUCUCUCACUCAUAUACUGUCUUUGUACCGACCUGUAGAGAAGCAGGGUUGUAGUAGUCUUUGUACCGACCUGUAGAGAAGCAGGGUUGUAGUCUUUGUACCGACCUGUAGAGAAGCAGGGUUGUAAGUCUUUGUACCGACCUGUAGAGAAGCAGGGUUGUAAGUCUUUGUACCGACCUGUAGAGAAGCAGGGUUGUAGUCUUUGUACCGACCUGUAGAGAAGCAGGGUUGUAGUCUUUGUACCGACCUGUAGAGAAGCAGGGUUGUAAGUCUUUGUACCGACCUGUAGGGGACAGGGUUGUAGUCUUUGUACCGACCUGUAGAGAAGCAGGGUUGUAAGUCUUUGUACCGACCUGUAGAGAAGCAGGGUUGUAGUCUUUGUACCGACCUAUAAGGAAGCAGGGUUGUAAGUCUUUGUACCGACCUGUAGAGAAGCAGGGUUGUAGUCUUUGUACCAACCUGUAAGGAAGCAGGGUUGGCCUCAAAUUCGGUUUUAAUUCCGAAACUAAAUCAAAUUCCAAAUGUUUCUCAUUGGCGAGAAUUGAAAUUUCAACUUACUUCCUGAAUUGACUGGAGUUGAUAUGGGAAUUGGCCCCCAACCCUGAAGGGAAGUAAUUCUCCACAUUGUUCAUUCAAUGUCAUCACAUAGAUUUUGUUGUUGUUGAAACAACAUUGAUUAACCAGAUUUUGCCUAGUAAGAUGACUGAAAAACCCUCAAUAUUACCCUUAACCUUUAAGGGAAUGAAAACAUACCUGGCCCUGGAUCACAAUCUCUUUCCUGGGAACCCCAAGGGGUGCAUGUUUCUGUUGUUGCCCUAGCAUUACGGACUAUUUCAAAUAAUCAACACAAUAUCAAGCUUUGCUUAUUUGAAACGGCUGUGUAGUGCUCUGUAGCUCAGUUGGUAGAGCAUGACGCUUGUAAACACCAGGGUAGUGGGUUUGAUUCCCGGGACCACUCAUAUGUAAAAUGUAUGCAUGCGUGGGAUAAAAGCGUCUGCUGAAUGGUAUAUAUAUUAGGACCAAAAACCCAAAACUUUGAGAUCCCCAGAAAUGAGUUCAGAAAACGUCUGGCUUAGAGACAACUUCCACUUCACCUCACUUCCCUCUGUACUGUGGUUGGUUUGAGUGUUUCGGACAUCAGACAUGGAAAUAAAAUAGAAAACAGAAUGUUGUUUGUUUA